CUUGCCUGCAGAUUGUAUGAAUUCUGCGUUUGGACCAAACUGCAAUGGAACAUGUCAUUGCAUGUCAGGUGGUUGUAACCCAAACACAGGUGUUUGUUAUGUACCCGGGUGUCAGCGCGGAUGGACUGGAGAGAGCUGUUCUGUACAUGGAUGUUCAGUGGGAUACUUUGGUACACGCUGUUCGAAUGAGUGUCACUGUAGGACAGGGGGAUGUAACGUUGUCAACGGAAUAUGUGUCAACAGAGGAUGCGUAGACGGUUGGAGGGGAGACGCAUGUAACACAGCUUGUUCGAGUUCUACGUUUGGACCAAACUGCAAGGGAAACUGUCAUUGCAUGUCAGGAACAUGCAACCCGAAAACCGGUGCAUGUAGUAGCCUUGGGUGUCAGCGCGGAUGGACUGGAGAGACCUGUUCUAUACACGAAUGUGAAAGAGGAUAUUUUGGCGACAACUGUACAGAUGAGUGUCACUGUAAGACUGGAGGGUGUAACGUAGUCAAUGGCAUGUGUAUCACAAGAGGAUGUACAGAAGGCUGGAGGGGAGACGCAUGUAUCACAGCGUGUGAUACUUAUACCUUCGGACAAGACUGUAACCAGAUCUGUCAUUGUGCUAGUUCUGGCUGUGACAGUAGAAAUGGAAGCUGUAUUGUACAUGGAUGCACGGAAGGAUGGAUGGGUAACACAUGUAGUCAAGAAUGUGUCGGCAAAACGUUUGGACGGAACUGUAACGACUACCUGCCACUGCGUAAGUCAUGGCUGUGACAGAAAGAGUGGAAUAUGUGCUAUACCCGGAUGUACAGCAGGGUGGACUGGGGACAAAUGUAGUCAAGCAUGUGAUAGUCAUACAUUCGGACAAGACUGUAACCGGACCUGUCAUUGUUCUAGUUCUGGCUGUGACAAUAGGAAUGGGAAUUGUACUAUACAUGGAUGUACCGAAGGAUGGAUGGGCAACACAUGUAGUAAAGGUAAUGAUAUCCUCAUUAAUAAGCACAUGAACAUAACACAAACAACAGGAUACAACUUUGUAUUGCGUUGUUUUCGUGUGAAUUGAUUUUACAUUUCAAAUGGCUCUUUCGGCAAAUUUGUUUCAAUUGCUCCUUUUAGUCCCCAAGUCAAUGAUUAAUGAUCUACUCCUCCAA